UCUCUCCAAAACACUCUCUCUCUUUUCUCUACAAUGGCUGCCUCUUCUCCCAACCAUUCCUCCCACCGAUCCAUAUUCCACGACCCGGACACCACAUUCGUCCAAACCGACCCGGAAACAUUCCGGGAAGUCGUCCAAAGGCUAACCGGCGCCAGCCGUGACUCGGCCGCCUUCGAGAGAAGGACAACCGUGAGAAAGCUGAAGAUCAAGCUCGGCGCGGUGAUGGAGUCGCCGGUUUCCACGCUGGAGUACGCGGGGAGCCCGGCGACUCCGAGCGACGAGGAAGAGAGGGCCAUUGCGGAGAAGGGCUUUUAUUUGCACCCGAACCCGUUUGGCACUCCGCCAGGAUCCGACCCGCCUGAGCUGCUGCCUCUGUUUCCACUCCAUUCGCCUAUUAAUUGAUCCUGUUUUUUUAGUUGAUGAGUAUUAGACUAUUAGUAGUGUUGUGUGAUUUGUAGUUUUAGAAGAGCUUAAAUAAGGUUUUUAUGUUCCAUUUUGUUUGGGUUUUAGUAGUAUAAAGAAGAUCAUGUCGGUUUAAAUUUUUGUGUGGCAUUUCCAAUUUUGGU